UAACUCUGACUUCCUUCAUCAUUUGAGUUCGUGGCAGUUUAAAUAUCAGUUUUCUUUCCUCCGUUGCUGCUCACCCUUUCCUCUUUCUUUCUUACAGGGUCUCUGUUCCUGCUUCUUUGUUUCACCUUCUAAAAUCCUUUAAAAGGGCUUUCUCUUUCUACAGUUUUCCUUCUCGUUUGACCGUUGCUAUGAUUCGAUUGUGAAUUAUGAGGGGUCUCAGUUCCUGCUAAAUGGGUUCGAGAGUUCUGCCUAUAGGUGUUUCUCUAGACACUCUUGAUCCAGAUUCUGGAAGACAUCUGAUAGAGGAUAAUAGUAAUGUGACUCGAAAUGGUGAAAGAAGUUUGGUGAGUUGGGAGCAGAAUGGAGUGCUAGAUCAGGUCUCAAGUCCCGUAAGAAGAGAUGUAAUUAACAGAUCAUCUUCUGCAAUAAAGUAUCCCAACAAUGAUGAAAUGGAUUUGGAAAGUGGUAAAGCUGACAAAGACAGAGAUAAACCAAUACGUAGCAACAGAGGAUUGAAAAUUCAUAAUCAAGCUGUGUUGUCUGGUCUUGCAUAUUGCAUAUCAUCCUGUAGCAUGAUACUGGUUAACAAGUUUGUUCUCUCCAGCUAUGAUUUCAAUGCAGGAAUAUCUUUGAUGCUUUAUCAGAAUCUUGUCUCUGUGAUUAUUGUUUCUAUCUUGAGUUUCUUUGGAGUAAUAUCAACAGAACCACUAACAUGGAAAUUGAUUCGGGUCUGGUUUCCUGUCAACGUUAUAUUUGUUGGGAUGCUUAUUACGAGCAUUUUUAGUCUCAAGUAUAUCAAUGUUGCUAUGGUAACAAUCCUGAAAAACAUUACCAAUGUCAUUACUGCUGUUGGUGAAAUGUACCUUUUCAAGAAGCAACAUGACAGAAGAGUCUGGGCUGCAUUGUUCUUAAUGAUAAUUUCAGCAAUUUCUGGAGGAAUUACAGACCUUUCUUUCCAUGCAGUUGGCUAUAUGUGGCAGAUCACUAAUUGUUUCUUGACAGCAGCAUAUUCGUUAACACUACGGAGGGUCAUGGAUACAGCAAAGCAAGUGACGAAAUCUGGAAACUUGAAUGAGUUUUCAAUGGUCUUGCUGAAUAACAUCCUCUCAUUGCCCCUGGGAGCUUUGCUGAUUUUUGUGUUUAAUGAAGUAGAUUAUCUCUCCAAAACGCCACUUAUAAGGAUGCCUAUGUUCUGGCUGGUGAUGACAUCAAGUGGUUUUUUGGGCCUUGCAAUCAGUUUCACAUCAAUGUGGUUUCUUCAUCAAACAGGGGCUACAACAUACAGCCUUGUGGGGUCACUUAAUAAGAUACCUCUUUCUAUUGCUGGGAUCCUUCUUUUCAGUGUCCCAACUAGUCUGGAGAAUUUUUCAAGCAUUCUUUUUGGUCUUUUGGCAGGAGUAUUUUUUGCAAGAGCCAAGAUGUGGGAAAAAUCUCAAUCUUGAGAUGCAUUUGAGACAGAUCUAUGUGGCAAACUGCAUUUUGAUAAUCUGCAUGAGAGUGCAGGUCCAGUUGAACUUCACGUUGAUCAUGACGAAUCAAUCAAAAAGCUCUAGCUGAAGAAAAGAAAAAUGCUAUUAGUUUAGGCAUGCUAUUUUCUUCAGCAGUUAACUCGUUAAAGGAGAAUGGGUACUCUUGGAGGAUGAAUACCCUUUCUGUUUUAUCUAUUUGUUUCAUAUUGGGCUUGCCACCAAUGAUUUUCUCCAGUUUGUGGAAGUGUGAUUCGAAGGAAAGCUGCAUUUUUUUCUGUUGUAUGCUAGUUGUACAAGAUAAUAGUGUACACACAUUAGCAACAAAAAAUAACUAAUUUUGUAAUGCCAGCUUAAGCUGGUUGCUUUUCCUGUGUGUGUGUGUGUGUAUGUGUUGUGCUAACUGUAAUAUAGGACAGUUUUGAGACUAAGAACAAAAGAAAAUUUCAGAGAA